ACCAGUCAGGCGCGCAUUAGCACAUUCAAGCGCCAGUGGCUUGCUGCUGUAUCUUCACAACGGAUUUUUCAUGUCACAUGAGAUUGUGUCCACAUUCUUUGCCAGAUUUCACAUGCAAGACCUUCUUAUACCAACGCCGCAUCUAGGCAGAUGUCUUUCGCGAGAGUGAAUCGUCUUCAGUAUGGCCAAGGAAAACGUCAUGGUCCAACUCGCCCCAAGAAGGCAGCAGCUCCUAAGAAGGAAUGGGUGAGCACAGUCAGCGACUUGACUGUACAUAAAGCUACACCAGAAGAACUGGCUCGACGCCAUGAGGUGCACAAGUCCCAAAACCGACUGGCUGCCCAAUGGGAGCUAAGAGAGAGGACCCUGAGACGUAGAAGAGGGAAAGACCACCCGUCUACUCCACCAGGACUGGACAAGUAUCGACUCAACCUUCUUAGAGAGGUGUUCUCUGACCAAUGCACAUUGCAGGAUGUCCUGGCCAGGUCAGACAGAGCUAUGGCUGUGGUCAAGGACCUAUUUGGCGAUGCUCCACGCAGGCAAGCAGGCUUCCCAAGUGUCACUGUGGCACCAAAUGGUGGUUCUGACUCUGAGUUGCCGGUGCUGCAGAGACCUGAUCCUCCCACCCACCUGUCAGUCCUCAGCCAGUCAAUGAUGGACCCACAGGCCUUAAAUGAACUAGAGGAGGAGUACAGUGGUGAAGAGCCUGAUUCUAGCUUCAACUCCCCGAGUGACUCUCAGAGGUAUCGAGGCCCCCCGCAAAAGGCCAAGAGUGCUCAUCAGAGAGCUGAGACACUGGACAACCAAAGCCCUCCACAGACACCCUGUAACCCAAAACCAUCUCAAGACCAAGCAGCCCUGAAUGCCACUGUGGCAGUUAACCGAUUACGGUCCAGUCAGUCGCAGUCAGAGUCGGGCCGGUCAUCCACACUGGUGACCCAAGUGCUAAACCCUGACUCUGCACCUCCACGCUCGGGCAAGAAGAACAGGGCCUCCAGGUCAUGUAGGGGCCGCUCCGCUGAAUCAGGGCUGGACGGAUCAAGUCUCAGUUCACUAAGCGGUAACCAGAGCAGCCUGGAGAUGCUGCAAAGCAUGCUGGGGCAGGUGGAGACAGAGUUGGACGCCCUUGACCCCCAGGAGCCCAGCUCUGUUCCAGAGCUCCACAGGCCCAACCCCGGGCUCACAGGCUUCUCAGUGGCUCUGGUGUCUACUAUUGGUCGGCUGGCUCGCCACGUCAGACAGAGAGAAGAGGAGGCGCGGAGGGAGGCUCAGGAGAGGAGGAGACUGGAGGAGAUGGUGAUGGAGCAGAGGGUGCUCAUUGAUGCCCUGACUGCUGAAACACUUAAUCUGAAAGAUGAGAGCGCCGCCCUGCAGGCUGGCUUGCAGCAGCGGGUCACUGAGCUGGAGGAGCGUCUGGACUCAGUGGUGCUGGUUCUGGGAGAUCUGGGCCCUCUCCAGCUAGAGGGGGAUCCAGAGCCACAGGACACUCCUGUCCCAGACCCCCAGCCCCCGAUGAAGCUCCCCCAGCAGCCCCAGCCCCAGCCCAUCUCCCCCGCAGUGCUGCUCUCUCCCCCCCGACAGAGGGACAGCCUGGCCCCUACCGGCAGAGUUACAGGAGGAGAAGCCCGUGGUGUGGUGCUGCAGCAGCAUGAUGCUUCCGUGGCAGGAGGAAGUCAUCGAGGCUCACGGGAGGAGCUGGACCGCUCCUCGCCCAGCUCUUUCGCCAGUCUGCCCCGCCCCACCUCCCUGAUGGACCCCUCCCUCGGCCUCCUGCCUUCCCAAGAUGCAGUGCAGGCCCAGAUCGCCGAGCUGGCCCUACAGAAUGCCCAGUUGCGGGUUCAGCUGGAACAGAGGCGCGUGUCCCCAGCUGGGUCGUACACCUCCAGAGACCAGACUUCUGGGAGAUCCUCACCAGCCAGCCUGUCAGCUCAGAGAAUAGCGCCACCAGCAGGGCAUCAGCCACAAGUGCAACAGGUGAUCCAGAGUGUUCAGUCAGUGCAGCACACAGCGACUAAUAUGGAAGAGCGCCUCCUGGAGUUGAGUAGGCAGAGUGCAGCAGCACGGAGCAAACUGCUGGAGCUCAUCGAGCAGCAGAGACAGAGCUCCUCUAUGCACAUGUCCCCCUGCGUCUCCCCCAUCUCAGUGCGCUCCGAGUCAGAAAGCCCUGCCUCAGGUAUUUCAAGAAGGACCCCUGAGGUGGCCAUGUCUGUGCCUGAAAGGGACUCUUGCUCUCAGUCCAGUGGUGGUAGCCGAAGAUCUGCUGGAAUCUCACCACAAAAUCUUACCGGAGUAGAGAACCAACGGCAGAGACCUCAGGUGGAGAGGCGAAGGGGAGAUGGCUGGUUUGCACUGUCCGCUCACGUACAGUAACAGGGCAGAUUGCCACGUACUAGCAACAGUAGUGUAACAUUACAUACUUGUAGUGGUGUGCACAAUCUCUGGCUUUUUAUCUUUCAAUAAUGAAGGGUGCCUGAGCAUUUGUUUUCACAGUUUUUAUUGCAAUGCAGUUAGUUAUGUGCUUUUUUACAUUAAAUAUAUUUUUUGUGUGUGUGUCAAUUAAGUUAUUAAAUAUGAA